UCCUAGUAGUAAAAUCUCUAUUGCUCCUUUGUAAAAUCUAUGCCUACUGGCUACUUAGAACAAGUAGCUCCUAGUAGUAAAAUGCUUAUUGCUUAUUCAUAAAAUCCUAUGGCUAAUGGCUACUUAGAGCAUGUAGCUCCUACCAGUAAAAUGUUAGUGCUCAUCGAUGAUGGAUUGGCAGUAAUGCUUGAGAAAUUCUUCCAGCAUCAAAUGAUGGCUUUGGGGUUUUCACCCUUAUUUUCAUACUAUGUCCCUAGACUUGUUGUCAGCGUAGUGAAGAUAGUUCUGCAAACUGCAAAGACAUGGAAAGCAUGUGUCUUCUACAUGAAGUAUUAUUUACCUGGGUAGUCAUGUCUUCUUGCAGAUUAAAUCUGUUUUCAGAGCAUAGAUCACCUUGGUUGUGCUUGGGAUGCUAAACUUUUGGAAAAUUGGGAUUUUGUGGCAGAGAGGAGUUGUAUGUAUUUAGACAGCAAAACAGGAUAACAUUGCAGAUCCAGAGAAGCUUGAGCCCUUUGGCUCCAGAGCUUUUACACUAUAAGUUGAGCAGAAAGGUAUGCUUGUUUCUGAUGCAGCCAGCUCAGUUUGAUAGUGUUCUGCAAAAGAUUACAGAGUUAAAUAAAGCUCUACAAUCUGACCUAGUAGCAGUUUUAUGUUAAGACAGUUUUUUCAUGACAUCUUAUUUAUUCACUUUCAAGCCAGUUUUCCUAAUAGAAAUACAAGUCGCUUGUUGCUUAUGUUGUUAGAGCUCUUUGCAUUGCCAGAGCUUUAGUAGUGAAAAUAUAGCCUAUUUUGGCCUCUACUAGUGUUUACUUCAGAAUCAAAUAUCAUACAUGAUGCUGCCAGGGCAAACAUUAUUUCAGCAUUUUAGAUCAAUCCUUGCAUCCUAUGGAAAUGGGUUUUCAUUUGUGACCUAAUUGUGUCUCAUGCAUUUUCUGGUUGAUCCGUCUGGCCCGUCCUGGAGACCAGCUGCUUGAUCUUUUUAUAUUUCUACUCUGUUAGUUUCUUUUGUCCCUUUGUAGUUCUCUUGCAUACAAUCUUCUUCAUAAUGUAGUCAUUGAAAUUGUUGUAAAGGAGAAAAAGAAUAUGUCUCUGAUUAGACUUGAGAUAUUCAGACAGGGUGCCACAAGUGAAACUUCACAUUACCCCUCCAGCAGCUCUCAUGUUGACAUUGCUUUGUUGCUAAAAUUGAUGAGAGAUCACAGCCACUUGAAAUGAUGUUUCCAGUGCAUGUGGUGUGGAUAAUCCUUCUGAUCUCAUAACUUCCUAAAUCCUGGUUCUUGCUAAUUGAGUUGGCUGGCAAUUUAUGUUUUAUGAACUUCUCUUUCUCAAUCAAAAGAUGGAUUUAUUGCAAUCUUUUUGAUCUUGUUAACGCUCCACUUUCAUGUUGUCUAAUUAUCUUAUAAGAUUAUUAGCUGUAUCAUAUACCUUUGGAACUCUUUGCCUCUAUAUCCACACUAUAAAUAUAAACCUAAUUGACAA